UGUGUUCCUUAUUUUCAGGGAGUUAGUGGGGUAGUGGACACUUAACUGCAUUUUUUGGUGCCUAUAUAAUACAAGUUCAGGUAGUGUAAUCUUCUGAAUUUUUUUCGCUCUUCCUGUAUUCAUACAGCAACACAUCUGCAGCAAUGGAUAUCUCGGAUGACUUCGUGGACAUUUAUGAAGACGAUCAGCCUGCAAAGAAAGUAAGUUGGAAUCUGGGUUUUGAUGCAAUGACACCGAAGAAGAAUCAAAUAUGCAGCCCAAUGAAAGAUUCUCCGAAGACGGACAGUGGAAGUGUAGAGAUCAUUUCAUAUGGACAGUAUUUUAGUCCAUUCAAAUCUGAAAUGCAUAGGGAGGUUAUUGAACAGUUUCAGAACAUAGAAAAACAAGCUAAAAGAAAGCAUGCGCUCCUAACUUGGAAAUGGGAUGAGGUCAUUGAUAUUACCCAAAGUGAAGAUUCGAAUGGUCAGAAAGAUGAUUCUAAGGCAAAACAACAAGAUGAUUUGGAGUCUGAGUUAAGUGAUACAGCAGACUCUUUGGAUAGUCCAUUGAAAAGAUCAAAGAUUCCACGUAUAUCUAAAAAUUGCAACGAUCAUGUUGGAUGGGUUGAAUUUUAAGUUUACUCAGUUUAAGUCCUGUUUGUCAUAGUCAUCUUUUAUGUUUUGCCUUUCAAGUCAGUGUUUGUUAAGGUUUGUUUGUUCAUCUAUUUUUAGUUUAAAUGUA